AUGCCACGGGGGCAGAAAAGUAAGCUCCGUGCCCGUGAGAAACGCCGCCAGGCUCGGAGUGAGGCUCAGGGUCUCCAGGGUGCUCAGGCUACUGCAGCAGAGGAAGAAGGGCCCUCCACUUCCUCCUCUCCUCUUUGUGGUGGUGCCAAGAGCCAAGAUGAGGAAAGACCAAGCACCUCCCAGGCACCACCCACCACUAAUCGUUCACCCAGAUCACCUCUAGACCAAAAGGCAAUUUUGCUGGUGCAGUUCAUGCUGCGCAAGUAUAACAUGAGGGAGUCCAUAACAAAGGCAGACAUGCUGAAGUAUGUCAUCAAAAAGUAUAAGAAUCACUUCAGUGAGAUCCUCAGGAGAGCCUCUGAUCUUAUGGUGCUGGCCUUUGGCAUUGAUGUGAAAGAAAUUGACCCAAUCAGGCAAUGCUAUGCCCUUGUCAGCAAAUUGAAUCCUAGGGGUGAUGUAAGGCUGACUGGUGAGGAGAUCAUGCCCAAGACCGGCCUCCUGAUGACUGUCCUGUGUGUGAUCUUCAUGAAGGGCAACUGUGCCACUGAGGAAGAAGUCUGGGAAGUGCUUAAUGUAAUGGAGAUAUAUGCCGGAAGGAUGCAUGUUAUGUAUGGGGAUCCCAAGAAGCUCCUCACUCAAGAUUUGGUGCAGGAAAAGUACCUGGAGUACCGGCAGGUAGCCGACAGUGAUCCUCCACGGUAUGAAUUCCUGUGGGGUCCCAGAGCCCACUCCGAAACCAGUAAAAUGAAAAUCCUGGAGUUUUUGGCCAAGAUCCAUAACACAGUCCCCAGUGCCUUCCCAUCCUGGUAUGAAGAGGCUAUGAGAGAUGAGGAAGAGAGAGCCCGAGCCAGACUUGCAGCUCUGUUUCGUACGAGUGCGAGUGUCCUAGGCAGUGCACUUUACAGAGUCAAUUCCAGCAACUCCUCCCGCCGCUAG